AGAUACAACUCUGAUAACGAGUCUUGUGGAUUUGUUAUUAGUAGCCAUCUCGGAGAUCAUAGAAUCAGUAACAUACAUAGAGGGAGAGCAGGAAAACUUUAUCGAAAUUGGGUGCUACUUCUACAGGGUUUCUAUAGCCAUAAUGGAGCUACAAAGUACGGAGAACUCCCCACCAAACGCAAUGGAGAUUGUUCGAUCUCUAUCCCAAAGCGUUGAUUUGGCCAAGGAUCUUGUGCAAGGACUACAAAAGGGCAACAAACCCGUCUCAGGUCCCGAACUCGAGAGCAUCAUUUCACAGCUGGAGGAGGUGAUCAGAAGCAUGGGACAACAUCUGAGCUCAAUUCCUUCCUCAGCGUUCAAAGAGGAAAUAUACGCAGAAGUUGCGAUUCAAUCUCUUUCGAAUGAGAUGAAGAACUCUCAUUUCGAAGUUAAAGCGACUCAGCUUGGCAAUUCAGAUGCGCAGAUGUUGUCUCCGGAUAGGCAACCAAUUGAAGUAACAACAACACUAGAAGAAAAAGAUCUCUACUCUAUCAAUGUGGAGGUUUCAACGGAUAAUCCUUACUUCUUAGACCCCAAAAAUAGUCUCCCCAAAAGCAAAAGUGAUAGUAGCCAAGUGAAACUUGGAAACAUGAACAGAUCCUUGGCAAUUUUGCCCCAAGUGACUCACUACAUGGAGCCUCUAUAUGGAACAGUAGAGCCUCUAUAUGGAACUUUCUGUUGUCCAUUAACAAAGAAGAUCAUGGAUGAUCCAGUCACUAUAGAAAGUGGACUAACAUAUGAAAGAAAAGCAAUUGGUGAGUGGUUUGAAAUGUUCAAAGAUUCUGAGGAGAUUUUCUGCCCAUCUUCUGGAAAGAAAUUGGUUAGUAGAGUUUACAACUCAAAUAUUGCUCUUAAGUCCACCAUAGAGGAAUGGAAGAAAAGGAAUGAAGUAGCAACGAUUAAGGUAGCGCGGGCUGCUUUGUCAUUGGCUAGUUCAGAUAAUAUGGUAUUUGAAGCUAUAAAAGAAGUUCAUGGGAUAUGUGAAAGGAAUCCAUACAACAAGGUUGAAGUUUGCAGUGUCGGAAUGUUGCCUUUGCUAGUUAAGACUCUGGAGUACAAGAACCAAGAUGUUAGAUGUGCAGUUUUGGAACUGCUAACAAAAUUGGCAGAGGAUGACAACGAAAGCAAGGAAAUGAUAGCUGAGAAAUUGGAUUUUUCAGUGCUGAUAAGAAUGCUGUCAAGUAAUUACCAGCCUGUAAGGCAUGCGUCAUUGCUAUUGUUACUCGAGCUUUCACGAUCGCAUUCGCUGUGCGACAAAAUAGGAUUGGUUCCUGGAGCAAUUCUGAUGCUGAUAACAAUUAAGUACAAACCUUCAGUUGAUGCCUUUGCUGCAGGAAAAGCAGGUGAAACUUUAACUAACUUGGAGACUUCACCGAAUAACAUCAAGUGCAUGGCAGAAAACGGACUCUUGGAACCACUUUUGUAUAAUAUUGAACAAGGCUGUGAAGAGAUGAAGACAGAAAUGGCAAGCUAUCUUGGGGAUAUUGUUCUAGGACAUGACAGCAGAACCUAUGUGGCCGAAAGAGCGUCUCCCAGUCUAAUAAAAAUGGUAAGAACUGGAAACGCUCUGUCUCGAAGGGCGGCGUUCAAGGCUUUGGCACAAAUCUCUUUGUACCAACCUAAUGCUGAAGUACUUACUGAAGCUGGAAUUAUACAAAUCAUGGUUGAAGAGAUGUUCAGUCGGAGUAUCUACGACGAGCUAGUGAAUUCAAAAAUUGAAGCAGCUGCGAUACUGGCGAAUAUACUCGAGUCGGGUCUUGAGCUUGAGAACCUGCAAGCUAGUUCCAAUGGCCACACCAUGACUUCAGACUAUUGUGUCCACGGCAUCAUCUACAUGCUCAAGAACUCAGCCCCAGAUGAGCUAAACAUCAACCUUUUAAGAAUACUUUUGUGCCUCACAAAGACUCCCAAAUCAAUGGCCACAAUUAUCUCAGUGGUCAAAGAGAGUGAAGCAAGCUACAUUCUCAUUGAACUCAUAAACAAUCCGCGUGAAGAGCUUGGGAUUGCAGCCAUUAAAUUACUAAUAAUGCUCUCACCCCAAAUAGGCCACACACUAGCAGAAAAGCUCUGCAAAAUCAGAGGCCAACCCGAGAGCCUCAUCCAAAGCCCCAGGGAAGUAAAACGAAUAUCCGAAAAACAAGCAAUUUCGGCAAAGUUUAUCGCGAAACUCCCCCAACAACACUUGACACUCAACCUAGCUCUUCUUUCCAAGAACACUGUGCCUACAAUCUUACAAACCAUCAAUCAGAUUCAGAAGAUUGGAACAAGGUCAAGCAGGCACACAAGCAGUUACUUGGAAGGCCUAGUGGGAAUUCUAGUCAGAUUCACAACGACAUUGUUCGAUCCUCAGAUCCUCUUUCUAGCAAGAUCCCAUAAUUUCACAGCCGUCUUCACAGAACUGCUUGUGAAAACAUCGAGCGACGAAGUCCAGAGGCUAUCCGCCAUAGGGUUGGAGAAUCUCUCAUCAGAGUCAAUAAAUCUAUCCAAACCACCAGAAGUAAAGAAAACCAAGCUCCUGAGGAUGUUCUCCGCUCCCAAGUUUCUGUCUCCGGGCUCAUCUAGGAGGAAGAAAACCGCGGUAUGCCCAGUUCACGGAGGAGCAUGCUCUUCAGAAAACACAUUCUGUUUAGUGGAUGCAAAGGCGGUUGAGAGAUUGCUGGCUUGUCUUGACCAUGAGAAUCCAGAGGUUGUUGAAGCUGUAUUGUCGGCUAUAUGCACUUUGUUGGAUGACAAAGUUGAUGUGGAGAAGAGUGUGAGCAUAUUGAAUGGAGUUGAUGCGCUACAACAUGUUCUGAAUGUUGUGAAAGAGCACACGCAAGAGGGAUUGCGGCAAAAGUCCUUUUGGAUGAUUGAAAAGUUCUUAAUGAAAGGAGGGGAUAAAUCUAUUUCUGAUAUAUCAAAAGAUAGAUUGUUGCCUUCCACAUUGGUCAGUGCUUUCCAUCAUGGGAAUGGUAAUACAAGACAAAUGGCUGAGAAAAUUCUGAGACAUUUAAAUAAGAUGCCCACUUCCACUACUUCCUACUAUACAAUGUGAAACUUCUCUUGUAUCUAAUAAAAGAUGUCCUGCCAUAAGGAAAUGUAAGUAUACUCACAUGAUUACAUUGCUCUCAAUUGUUCCCUAAAAGGUAGCUGUAAAUAUUGU